UUCCCUUUUCCCCGUGACCUCGAAUGUUUUCAUAGCAGGUCAUCCACGGGCCUAGUUAUAGAUGUGGGAUUUUGGCCAAAUAUAAAAAAUGUCUGUGCAAUAUCCUGAACAUAUCAUAUCAUACCCAGUUCACAGUGACACUGCCAGCUAUGGUCAGUCUGGGACAGGGAUUCCAUUGAGCCAUUUGGAUUCAAAAUUAGUGGAAGUCAGAGGGUAUCAAAUAAAUUGGCAAACAUUUCACCAAACAGGAGUGCUAAGUAAGGAUGAAUGGGACUUUAUUGGUGACGUUGAUGCAAAGAGUAGAAAGGAGAGGACUGAAUUGAUCUCAAAAUAUAUUGAAAAGAGCAUCAAAGCAUUAAUAUCUAUGUGGGGCAAUUUCAAAAAUGAUCAUCCUUUAGCAUAUAUUUUGGUAAUGACAGAUGAUACAAUCACUGAUGAUAGAAGCACAGUUAAGGAAUUUCAUGCAGCUGCAAAGAGGGACAAUGUAAAUCUAUGGAAGCCAUUGUUCAGCCUUUUAAACAGAGAUAAUCCAGUGAUACUCCAAAUGGCAUCAAGAAUCUUUGCCAAGCUUGCAUGUUGGAGCAAAUUUAAAUGUCCAAAUGAUGACCUAAAUCUGUAUCUAUCUUGGCUGAAGGGACAACUUGCUGUUCCAGGUAAUGAGUAUUUGCAGAAUGUUGCUGAAUGCUUACAAUGGAUGAUGCGAGUUGAAGAAUACCGAAUGCCUUUUGUUAAAGUGAACGGAAUCAAUGGCAUUGUUUCUGUUCUCCUAAGUAAUGUUGGAUUUCAGUUGCAAUAUCAACUGAUAUUUUCGCUCUGGAUGCUAAGCUUCUGUGCUGAAGUUGCAGACCAAAUCGUCGACAACAACGUAAUCCCUGUUCUGGCAGACAUCUUACGGAAUUCACAGAAAGAAAAAGUUACAAGGAUUGUUCUGGCGACACUCAGGAAUCUACUUCAAAAACCAGGGCAGCCAAAGUUGGCCUCUGUGUCAAUGAUUCAUUGCAAAUUGCUACCGUUGAUCACGGUCAUGAGUAGCAAGAACUGGGACGACGAGGAUAUCAAGGAAGAUGUUGACUUUUUACUUGAAAAGCUGAAUGAUGGGGUACAAGAUCUGAGUACGUUUGACGAGUAUGUCGCAGAGGUCAAAUCUGGCCGGCUUGAAUGGAGUCCUGUGCAUAAGUCUGAUAAAUUCUGGAGAGAAAAUGCAAUCCGAUUAACGGACAACAAUUAUGAGUUACUUCGAAUAUUAGUCAGGCUGCUGGAGACGGCAAAAGAUCCUGUUAUUCUGGCAGUGGCCUGUCAUGACUUGGGGGAAUUUGUUCGACUUUAUCCAAGGGGCAAACCAGUCUUCGAUGGCCUGGGAGGUAAGGAACUAAUCAUGCUAAGAAUGACACAUGAAGAACCUGCCGUCAGAUACGAGGCACUUCUAGCUGUGCAGAAGCUGAUGGUUCAUAACUGGGAGUUUUUGGGGAAGCAAUUGAAAGUGGACAAAUAGCUGAAUCAUCAGUAGUUUGGACCAAGUCAUGAGUAUAAUGAAUGUAGUAUUUAUAUUUUCAAUUAAUUUCAAAUUCAAUAUCAUAAUUACAUAUAUCGAAUUAAUUAGAGGAUAAAGAUUUUUGCAAGAUAAUUUUGUCGAUUUGCGUUUUAGCUGCUACUUUCAAAAAAUCAUUUUCAUCAGCCAUAGCAACGGCCUAAAAAUUAUGUCAGCCUGAUGUUUUUGUAAACUCAGCAAAUUGUUACUCACUCAUUUCUUUUUGUGGAAGGGGGAUUCAUAAUCAUCAACAAGUGUCCUGACAUCAACAGCCGGGAGCAAUUUUUGAGCAUUCUGUGGUGUCACUUUAAUGCAUCGGCUUGAUUCAAAAUACCUUAUUUCGAACAAAAACGAUACACGUUAUAGAUGCUUUAGGACAUUGUGUGUUUACAUUUAUCAAUGUCAAAUUUAUGGCCUCUCAAUGCUUUAUGUCCGUCCAGCUUUCACCAUCUGCAUCUCUUGCAUCAGAUGAAACGCUGCAAAUUGUCGUGUCAUAUGUCUGCAGAAGAUACUAGCAUGAAAAUGAAAAGCUUUUUACUCUCUAUUGCUGCCAGCAAACAAACUUCAAACAUAUAACAUCUAAUCUAGAAACUGUUAUAUUGCUGUUAUUACCUCUAUGUUGUUUUAUACCGUUAUUUCUGCCAUGUUUUUGUAUGACUUUGAUAGCAUUAUUUCUUUACGGUCUUCCUCACUACUGCUCUCUACAACACAACUUGAACGCUUUUACAUAACGGUUUCAAAUCUGUAAUUCCUGCUUCUUUUGAAAUGAACUGCAUUCAUUAAAAUAAAUCUUGAAUAUAAACUAUUAACACAAAUGACAAACAACUUUUAGAAAAGUGUUGACAUAUUUCUUGCCAAAAGUACAUUCAGUAGCGUAUUAAUGUCCUCUUAGUUUUUUCUUACCUAUCUAUGUUUUUCUGUUCUACUUUGUUUACCCUCAGUCUUAUAUCUUAAAUUGGAAAAUUCUUUAUUAAGAUGAAAGCUAUUUGUAAAAUGUUCUAAGACACGGCUAUCUCUAUUAA